AUGUGCACAUUUGAAAACAACGCACAAGACCACAAAUGUCAUGUAUGUGAAUUUCCCAAAAAGGGUACUGUUUCCAAGACAACUAGUGAUUCAAGUCAAAACAGAGAGAACUCAAGACCAGAGAAUGGAGCUGUUAAUAAAAUCAGACCAAAGAGUGAAGGAGAUGCUUUAACAGGUGCUAAAGGUAACAAAAAUGAGUGGAAAUGUAAGAGAUGUACAUUGUUGAAUUCUGCUGGAUCUGAAAGGUGUUCUGUGUGUGAAUCCCCAAGAAAACCGCCCAGCCCUAGUCUACCAGGUACUCUAAGUCGACAAGAAAGUUCACUGAUGGAAGAUUUAUUGAAAUUAGAAGUCGAGGAAGCUCUGGAUAGAUUGGAAUGUAUCAGACUGUUCUGUAAACAGAAUAAAGAGGUAUUUGUUGACGAUUCGUUUCCUCCUGCUCCUAAAUCACUGUAUGUUGAUCAUAAAUCCAAACUGGUAGCUAGAAAUAUACAAUGGUUGCGUCCCCAUGAAAUCACACCUUAUUAUCAAGAUGAGAAGUCAUUAAAGUGGGUUAUUUAUAGGACACCCAUGCCAGAAGAUAUUUCUCAGGGAAUUCUUGGUGAUUGUUGGUUUUUAAGUUCAUUAGCUGUAUUAGCAGAAAGACCAGAGCUAGUAGAACGUAUUAUAUUGACUAAAGAUUAUUCAUAUGAAGGUGGAUAUCAAGUGAGGUUAUGUAAAGAUGGAAUGUGGACUGUUGUUUUAAUUGAUGACUUUCUACCAUGUGAUCAGAAUGGAAUGCUGGUAUUUUCUCAGGCUAAAAGAAGACAGUUAUGGGUGCCUCUGAUAGAGAAGGCAAUGGCUAAGUUACAUGGUUGUUAUGAGGCUCUGGUUGCAGGAAAAUGCAUUGAGGGCUUAGCAACACUAACUGGUGCUCCUUGUGAAAGCAUCAAUUUACAGGGAGAUUCAACUCAGGGAAGAGUUAUAGAACCUGAUUUAAUCUGGGCCAAGUUAUUAAGUUGUAGAGAUUUAAAAUUUUUAAUGGGAGCAUCAUGCGGUGGAGGGAAAAUGAAAACAGAUUUUAACCAUUUUCAAGAACUAGGUUUGAGAUCUCGACAUGCUUAUUCUAUAUUGGACGUACAAGAUGUGGAAGGAAACAAAUUAUUACGAUUAAGAAAUCCAUGGGGUCGAUUUUCCUGGAAAGGUGAUUGGUCUGAUAAAUCAAGUAAAUGGCACACUAUUAGUUCUACUGUACGAAACAAUUUAAUGAUACAUGGUGAAACCGAAGGAGUUUUUUGGAUUUCAUUGGAUGAUUUACUCAAAUAUUUUGACAGUAUUGAUGUAUGUAAAAUUAGACCUGAUUGGAGAGAAACUAGAAUACAAGGUGUUUUCCCUAGAAAUGCUAUGGAACCAAUGAAGAUUGUAAAAUUGACCGUAUUUUAUACCACAGAGCUGGAACUAGGCCUGUUUCAGGAGGGAAUUCGUGGUAAUGAGAGUACAACAUUAGACCUAUGUCUAGUUGUCCUACGUGAAGUUAAAAAUACAUCGACAGCAGCUGGUCGUGUUGUAGGUGGAAGUAAACGUGAAUUAAAAAGUUUUAUAGGUUGUAAUAUGAUGAUAGAACCAGGAGAGUAUUUGGUCAUGUGUCUGGCUUUUAACCAUUGGACACUUGGUAAGUUACUUUCAACAUACAAUUCAUGGGAAAUUGAAAUGCUGAAUAUCCCAAGUAGCAGUCCAUUACAUCAUUAUGUAUUAUCAAUACAUAGUUCUAAAGCUGUAAUGGUGGAUGAGAUUACAACUUAUAGAAAUAGACUAUAUGAACAUAUCUUACCUGAUGCUAUAAUACAACUCUGUAUUGCUCAUGGUCAUGCUCAAGAGAUAAGAGAUGGAGUAACAUUAUAUAAUCUAAUGAAUGGAUGGGCCGGUGGUAUUUUUAUGGUUGAAAACCGGCUGCCACAGAAUUAUGUCCAAAUAUGGUGUGAGUGUAAUGAUAGUAGUAAUGUUGUAUCAACAAGAGGAGAAUUAGAAACUAAAGAUGCUGUUCCAGCCCUCAGCAGACAAAUAUUAAUGGUGUUAUCCCAUUUAGAAAGAACACAACCAUAUCAUUUAUCCCGUGUUAUAAAGAAUAGAUUAUCAACCAAUCAACCAGGGCUGGGUAACUGGGGUAGUCCUGUCUGUAAUAAUAGUCCUUCAUUGUCACCUACUAUAGCUUUAUUUCAUUCACCAAGACCACUGUAA